AUGGCCAACGAACUGAGGAAAUCCUUCUUCGAGUCCAUCGGCGUUCCCGCCAAGGUCGCGGCCACGUUGGCUUCCCCCAAUAUGCAAGAGAUUGUUGCGGAAGAUCUGCCAUGUUUCAACAUUGAACAAGUAUCUAAUUCUGGUGGUGCGCUACGAAUGGAAAAGUUCUAUGCCAGUUGCGCUGGAAGCAUCGGCGCGGUGACACCGGAACAGUUACGACGUGUCCUCGAGUCGAUUGACCGAAACCGCUUUCGUGAACUGGUGAUCCACAUUGGAGAUCCCGUUCGAGAAGAACUGAUGAAACAUUUGGAAUACCUGGAUCAUCUCGAGAUUCUGGCCAUUAUGGGAAUGCCCUAUAGAGUUCACGAGCCCAGUGUAGAAGACAAAAACAUGGCCGAGUUUGUCCGGCAUCUUCCGGGCAAACUGAACAAGUUGACAUUGUGCUUCUUCACGCCGUACAUUCCGAAUUUGUUUCAGCAAGUUCCAUUAUCGCAGCCUCACUUGCGUGAAUUGGAAAUCCAAAUCAAUCUCCGAUCGGAUUUCGGGCCGGUUGCCAAUCUGAUUCAACAAUUGCCAGCGCUCGAGUCCUUGACUUUCAACAAUGUAAUCUUCGAAGAUCCAAGCCAACAAGCUGGCGGCAAUGAUACCAGUACGACAACCAUGCAACCUCUUGUCGAUGCCAUCCAAGUACAUGGACCAACCAACUUGAAGAAACUCAGUUUUCUACACAUGCAGUUUACGGUGUCUCAACUAAAGAUGUGGGCAUGGCUCAUUGCGCGACUUCCCAAUCUGGAGGAGAUCGUCUUUUGCGUCCGAAAGGUUGUAAAUGCUGAACUAAUGGAUGCAUUUGAACCAGUGCUGAAUCUUGUCAAGGAUUCUUCCAAACUGACAAAACUAAGGAACAUCAAGCUACUAAAGGAUAUACGUGGGGAACAAUUCGGCCAUGGCGUGCCAAUGUACUUGAAGUUUCCCUUGGAUGACAAAACCAAACGGGGCCUUCGAUAUCGAACUGGUAUUGUUCGUGCCAAGUCUAUUUUGGGUGAUGACAGUCCAUCCCUCCACAAGAGUGUACUGGCUUUGGUUGCCUACCGCAAUAGGGUAGAUAUUCUGGACCAUUUGCUGACCAAUUUCCCGGUCCUAUACGCAAGGGCUGCCCUGGACCGUUUGCAGAAUACAGGGGAGGCUCCACACCAGCAAAACCAUACGCAACAAGAUCGCAUACAAGAAGCUCGCAAAGCACAAGAAGAAGCCCGCAAUAUGCAUCGGGAGCGACAGUUCCACAAUGACUGA